AACAGCGCCCCCUGUAGGCGCACACGGGAACAGCGCCCCUAUGGGAGCAGCGCUGACAGCGCCCCCUAUAGGAACACACGAGAAUAGUGACCCCUAUGGGCGCAGAGGGGAACAGCGCCCCCUAUUGGAGCGGAGGGGAACAGCGCCCCCUGUUGGAGCAGCACCGACAGCGCCCCCUGUAGGCGCAGAGGGGAAUAGCACCCCCUACGGGAGCAGAGGGGAACAGCGCCCCCUAUGGGCGCAGAGGGGAGCAGCGCCCCCUAUGGGCGCAGAGGGGAACAGCGCCCCCUAUGGGCGCAGCGCUGACAGCCGCCCGCAGAUCGAGCGCCACGACAGCUGCGCCUACGAUUACCUGGAGGUUCGCGACGGCGCCUCGGAGUCCGACGCCCUGAUCGGCCGCUUCUGCGGCUACGAGAAACCCGACGACAUCAAGAGCAGCUCCAACCGCCUGUGGCUGAAGUUCGUAUCCGACGGCUCCAUCAACAAGGCGGGAUUCGCCGUCAGCUUCUUCAAGGAGGUGGACGAAUGUUCGCGGCCCAACAACGGCGGCUGCGAGCAGCGCUGCAUCAACACGCUGGGCAGCUACAAGUGCGGCUGUGAGCCGGGCUACGAGCUGGCGGCCGACAAACGGCGCUGCGAGGGUGAGAGCCGCCCCAUAGCUGCCCCAUAGCUGCCCCAUGGCCGCG